UUUUUUAAAGUUUUUCCAGUGUAAAUUAGAUUUUGACAGCUCUUGAGCAAGCGUCGCAGAGUUUUUUUGCUUUAUUUAUGGAUUUUUAGCUAUUUUAACGCAAAAAGCUGUUAAAAAUGGCUCUGCCUGCUAAUUAUAAGCAGGUUUCGAUGCAAAUGCCGAAUACCCAAUCAUCGAACCAUUUGCUGUCGGCAGGUGCCCCAAUGACUUUCAACAUUUUGAAAGAAAGGUUAAGAGCUUCUGGAGGUUCAAGUUCUAGUGCCAAUAAAGAAACAAAUCCUUUUACAACAACACCCAGUGGCAACCCGGCAUUUUUGCCGCAGAAAAUCGGAAAAAGUGCUGCUAAAAAUGAGGCGAGAACUCCAAAACCACCGAAAGCACCGGAAAAACCGCUGAUGCCUUACAUGAGGUACAGCAGAAAAGUAUGGGACACAGUGAAAAACCAAAAUUCCGAAUUAAAAUUAUGGGAAAUUGGAAAAAUUAUCGGUCAAAUGUGGCGAGACCUGCCCGAGGAUGAAAAAAGCGAAUUUGUAGAUGAAUAUGAAACGGAAAAGGUUGAAUAUGAAAAAACGUUAAAAACAUACCAUAAUUCGCCAGCCUAUUUGGCUUUUGUUGCAGCCAAAAAUCGCGGAAAAGGUGCUUUACAAGGUGUCGAAGAGCCGCACGAAAGAAAUACGGCGUCUUCGAAACAACAAGCGGCCGACCGUAGGAUCGAAAUACAACCAGCAGAAGACGAAGACGAUCCCGAUGACGGUUAUUCGGUAAAACACGUCAGCUACGCCAGAUACUUGCGCAACCACCGUCUAAUCAACGAAAUUUUCUCCGAAAGUGUCGUUCCGGACGUCAGAUCAGUCGUAACGACAACGAGAAUGCAGGUGUUGAAAAGACAAGUGCAAUCUUUAACGAUGCACCAGAAAAAAUUGGAGGCCGAACUCCAACAAAUCGAGGAGAAAUUCGAGGCCAAAAAGAAGAAGUUCAUCGAAACAAGCGAGUUGUUUCAGGAAGAUCUGAAAAAGCAUUGCAAACCGGCCGUGGACGAAGAUACUUUCCAAAAGAUGGUCGAAAGGCAGUACGAAAACUUGACAAAAGAAAAAAACAAAACCAACGAAGAACACAAAGCUAAAGAAAACGGCACUGUCGAACCUCAAAACGGACAAGUCCAAGAAAACGGGCAGACAAGUUCAACGCCGGAGAGUUCCACAUUUCUGUUUCAAAAUCAGCCGGUACUUCAAUAUAUGCAGCCAAUGGAACAAGAUUCGGCGGAAAAGGUGGACCCGCCCCCGGCAAAACCGACGAGCAACGGUUCCGUGGAAAUGCCGAAGCAACGCGACUCGCCGCCGCCGACCGCGCCGUCUCCGAACCCGCCCCCGAAACCGGCCGAAGCGCCGUACCCCAGCCACCACCUGCACCACCAACAGCCGCCGUACAACCCUCACGCUGAUCAGCCGCCGCCGCACCACGGACCGCCGCCCCAGCAGGAUCCCGGCCAGAUGCCGCCGCCCCAUCCGCCGCAGAUGAUGGGCGCGCCGCCGCCCCACAUGGCGCCCGGCCAUCCUCCGAUGGGCCACCCGCAUCAGCCGCCCCCGCAAGGCAUGAUGCCGCCCGGGCAGUACCAGCAGCCCUACCCGCCCCCAGGCAACCCCCAAUCGGUUCCUCUGCCCCCGCGGCCGCCGCACCCCGGCUACGGCGGCUACCCGCCUCAGCAGGGCCCGCCCCCGCCGCAACAGGGUUACCACCAAGGCUACCCGCCGCCGCAAGGUCAGUAUCCGCCGCACCAGUACUAUCAGCAGCCGCCCCCGCAACAGUACCCCGGAUAUCCGCCGCCGCCGCAGCAGCAAGCGCCGCCGCGGCAUCCGUAUCCCGUCGAAGGGCAGCCGCCUCCGAUGGGGCACGAGGGGCAGAUGUACGGCGGGCCGCCCCCCGCGGAGGCGGAGAGGGUGCAGCAGUUGGAGGAGAUGCCGCCCAACGACGAGGCUAAAGACAUGGGGGAUUCCAAUAAAAUGGAAACAGAUGAAAAAUAAAGUGAAUCUUUAACAUUUUUAUUUUAUUCAUAUUAGUGGUGGUUCCAGCAACUUUUUAUAACAUUCUUUUAUUAUAAUAAUUAAUAAUAAGUCCAAAAUGGU